CAGUCGGUUUCAAAUAAGUACAGUUCCCUGAAAUGUGCAUUUCUGAGCUCUGAAAUUCAGACCUGGGAUGACUUUUCUGGCCCUGUGCCUCCCAGCACUGCCAGCACACUGUGAUGGUAACUAAGCCAUGGUGCUGGGCUCAGCCAGCAGGAAGAGCUGAGGCAGCAGUGGGAUGGCAGGCAGGAGAAUGAAUCCUUGGCCUAAUCCCUGCCCUGACCCUGACAACCCUCUGUGGCCUUGGGCAAAUCCUUCUGGGAGGAGCCCUGGGGGCUGGGGGGUGCAGGAAUGGUUCCACUGGGCUCCCAGCCCUCUAGGGGUUUUCAGCUCUUCUCUUGCACUUCUCUUUUGGUGGGUUGGAAAAUCUGGAGGAGUUUUCCCCAGCUUGGCUGCCACUCGUGACAAGAAAGGGGUUGUUCUCUGCGUGGAGCAUACGGGCUUGAUCCAGCUCUUUGAAAGCCACCACGAGGUUCUGUGUCCAGAGAUGGUUUCCAAAGCAGGAUAUGGAGCAGAGCCCAGCCCAUCCAGCAGCAGCAGCGUGGGGCUCUGCCCCAUUUCCACUGGGCAGCCCUUGCUGUCCCCGUGUCCUUGGGGAGCUGUGUCCUGUCCCCCCUGGCUAAGAUGCAUUAUCCCACCCCCGAUGCAGUCACCCAAGCAGAUUAGCUGUAAGACCUUAAGACAAAAGAGCAGCUAGGCACCCCACACUGCACACUGCUGAGAAUGGCUGUCCUGAAGACCCUUCUGGCCCUGGCCAUCGUCUCGUCCCUGGCUGGAGGAGGUAAGUGUCCCUUGGCUCCAGGCACCACAAGGUCGGGUAAAUCGCUGUAGCUGCUCCUGUGCUUGCUGCUGCUCCAUCCCUGUCACCUGCCCCCGGUGCCCCUGCCCCGUGCUGCUCCCACCCCUGCAGGAAAACCAUCUUUUGGGGGGAGGGUGGCUUUCUCCUCUGAGCAGCACCAAGAGAAGUCCCCUGUCCCCUGCCUCUGCCACUGGCACAAAGCCCAGGUGUGCAGUGCCCAGCAGAGACCACAGAAUCUCUGAUCCCCAGCUCCAGUGGAGGCUCCUGAGCCAAACCCCUGCAGCCUCUCUUGGCUAGAGCUGUGUUUCCUUGCUAAAACUUGCUUUCUCCAAGGCAUAAUCACAAAAAAACAUUGUAAAAGGUAGGAGGGUUGCAAUGCCAUGCAGUAGGGGCAGCUGUAGACAGUUUCAGGAUCUUUGGACCAAGGCAUGAUGAAUGCAGCUGGAUUUUUAGCCCAGGGCAGAUGAAAGGCUGUGAGGAACAGCAGAGGACGCGCAACACCAGCCAGCAGCGGAAUCCGGGUCAUUGUGGGUUAAUGAAAGGUGGUUACUGGCAUCUGACCCCGUGCAAUCCCAAUUUCCCCCAUUCUCGGGUUUUCUCUCCCCGAGAUGAAGGUGGAAGCUCUUGCGGGAGCCGGCCCCGCUGCCACGAGAGGGCUCUGCUCUGUCAGAGCAGCAGAGACGAGUUUCGGUUCCCAGCUUUGUCCAGCCCCAUCAAAACCUGAAAUCGUCAUUUCAGGCAGGAACGGGAUCUUCAGGUCUGGGUUUUUCUGGGGGGGUGUGUUUGAGGGGUCACACAGCUCUUGCACCACUAUCUGACACACAGGAGAGAGGGGUGGCUGCUGUCUAACCUGCCCGUGGGGCUCCUUUAAGGACAUCUGGAGAUGGCUCGUCCCUGUCCCUGCCUGUCACCCUGCUUGUCCCCAGGCAGCAUCCUCGGGCUGAGCUUCCCGAGUGCGCUGUAGAAUGUGGGAACUGCACCCACUGGUUGGAUGGAUUCUCCCUUCUCCCCCCAAAAAUACUUACUGAAAUGAAAUCUGGCACAAGAAGACAAAGAUCUAAGAUGGUUUUUAACGAUUACGUCUAUUUUUGCUGUAAAAGGAGUUCCAGAACUCUCAGGGAGUCUUUGCAGCGCAAGGACUCAGCUCACCUGCCUGCUGUAGCUCCCAUCAUUUUGAGUCACACUUGGAAGACUUUUGCAUGAAUUUUGUGGGCAGGGGAGGCCCCAUCCUGCAUCCUGCUGAACGCCGUGGCAGCGCCGGCUCCAGGCUCGGCUCUGUCUGGUGCCAGCCCUCACCUGGGAGCCCCGGUCCUGGGGCUGACCGGUGUCUGUGGAGACCCAGAGAGUGUGGGGGCACUGGGGGCUCUGGGACGGUGACAGGAGUCACUCCUCCUCCUCAUCUUCACCCAGGUAAAGCGCUGAAAUGCCACAAAUGUGUCGCAUCCAGCGAGAACGACUGCAACCAGCAGGGAUCGCACAGCUGUCCCCAGUUCGCCGAUGCCUGCUCCACCAUCACCGCGCCCAACAGCGUCAUUAAGUCCUGCUCCUACAAGUCCUUCUGUGACCAGGCGCGUCGCGGCGGCUCCGGCGGUGCCACCGUGCGCUGCUGCUUCAGCGACGACUGCAACGGGCCGGCGAGGGGCUCCCGGAACGGGGCGGGGGUGGCCCCGGCCCCGGGAACCCUGCUGGCCCCGGCGCUGGCCGGGGCGGUGCUGCUGGGCCGGCUCUGAGCGCUCCCGAGGGGCGGCGGGGCCGGAGCUGCCGCUCGCUGCUCUCUGGGGACGCGGCCGGGGCUGCUCGGCCCCACCGGCCCCGCUUCAAUAAAACGCUGCCGCUGA